AGAUAGUGGAGCUGCAACACUGUCUGUAACAGCAACUACUACACUGAAACAAUUAGGCUGCCGGUUGGGGCAUUUGCACACGGCUGUGAAUGGUAGUGUCUAGAAAGGGUAUGUCCCUUCAGGAGAGAGGUGCCAAUGUCCAACCGGCCUAAUUCCAAUCCAGGGGGGUCACUGCGCCGUUCACAGAGGAACACAGCUGCGGCCCAACCACAGGACCACACAGUCGCAGGAAGGUUGCAGUCAGAGCAGGUAAAACAAAAAGCAAAUUCCCCUCCUGACAAUAGAAGAUCUAAUUCUAAGGCUUCCAAAGCCGCGCCCAGCUCAGCUUCUGGCCCGGCCCGAGGCCUCGGCUCCAGAAGAAACAGCCUUUCAUUGUCCGUGGGUUCAUUUGCACCGGCAGAACCAGACCCAGAAGCAGCAGGGACCUCAGGCCACCAGUCCAAAAGAGAAGGCACGCGUGGACUCAAACGCAGCUCAGCCCCAGAGCACAUCAGCACCUACUCACCCAGCCCAGCCAAGAGGUCCAAAGCGCUGCCCAACUCGGAGAGCGCCAACUCCCCCUCCGCCACACCCUCAAACGCCCCAUCAGAGCCUAAGAAGGCCCCCAACGCCACCGCCUCUCCCCCCAAGUCCAAAAAGAGACGGCUGACAGCGGACCCGCCGGCACCCUCCGGCAGAGCGUUAAGCAAGAAGAGCGGGGCCUGCGGGGCCUCUGCUGCCGCAAGCCACAGCCACAAACGCAAGAAGGCCGACUCCCUCCCCAGCGCCAGCAGCUCGGCAGGGUCCCUGCCUAACCGCACCGAGGCCAGCCGGGCAGCCAAACCCACCAAGCUGGCGUCUAAAUCAGCCGCCUCAGCCAAAGCUGGGUGUAGCACCGUGACUGACUCCUCUUCCUCCUCCGCCUCUUCUUCCUCCUCUUCUUCCUCUUCCUCAGCUGCUGCUGCCGCCAGCGGUGCCAACAACUGUGCCCUACAGGGCGCCAGGCUCAAGCAGGUGAAGGACCAGAGCAAGGCGCGGCGCUCCCGCUCUGCCUCAAGCCCGUCACCUCGACGCAGCAGCCGCGACAAGGAGCAGUCCAAAGGAGCAGGCUCCUCUUCCAAAUUUGAGUGGGCCUCCCGCUUCAGUCCCAAAGUUAACCUGCCAAAGCCCAAACUGUCCCUGCCAGGAUCGUCCAAGGCUGAGACCUCCUCCAAACCAGGGCCCUCAGGACUGCAGGCCAAACUAGCAAGUUUGAGGAAACCCGGGAAGAAACGCAGCGAGUCUCCCCCAGCAGAGCUCCCCAGCUUUCGGAGGAGCACACGCCAGAAGACCACGGGCUCCUGCGCCAGCACCAGUCGGCGGGGCUCAGGCCUGGGCAAGCGCGGGGCAGCCGAAGCUCGCCGACAGGAGAAGAUGGCCGACUCCGACAACAACCAGGACGGCGCUAAUUCGUCAGCCGCACGCACAGAGGAGACUCCGCAGGGGGCUUCAGCCUCCAGCUCAGUGGCCGGAGCAGUAGGCAUGACUACCUCUGGCGAAAGCGAAUCAGACGACUCAGAAAUGGGCAGACUGCAAGCCCUGCUGGAGGCCAGGGGUCUCCCUCCUCACCUCUUUGGUCCCUUAGGACCACGCAUGUCUCAGCUGUUCCACAGGACCAUAGGGAGUGGAGCAAGCUCUAAAGCGCAGCAGUUGUUGCAGGGCCUGCAGGCCACAGGCGAUGAAUCUCAGCAGCUCCAGGCUGCUAUAGAGAUGUGCCAGCUGCUGGUCAUGGGGAACGAGGAGACACUGGGUGGCUUCCCUGUCAAGAGUGUCGUUCCUGCCCUGAUCACACUUUUACAGAUGGAGCAUAAUUUUGACAUUAUGAACCACGCCUCACGAGCCCUCACCUAUAUGAUGGAGGCACUACCGCGCUCCUCCGCUGUUGUGGUGGAUGCCAUUCCAGUCUUCCUGGAAAAGCUUCAGGUGAUUCAGUUCAUUGAUGUGGCAGAACAAGCCCUGACCGCUCUGGAGAUGUUGUCACGGCGACACAGUAAAGCCAUUCUGCAGGCUGGUGGUUUGGCUGACUGCCUGCUUUAUCUGGAGUUCUUCAGCAUUAAUGCACAGAGGAAUGCUUUAGCCAUUGCGGCUAACUGCUGUCAGAGCAUCACCCCAGACGAGUUCCACUUUGUCGCAGACUCUCUGCCCCUGCUCACACAGAGACUCACACAUCAGGAUAAGAAAUCCGUUGAAAGCACUUGUCUCUGUUUUGCCAGGCUGGUGGAUAACUUUCAGCAUGAGGAGAACCUCUUGCAGCAGGUAGCCUCACGGGACCUCUUAACGAAUAUCCAGCAGUUGCUGGUGGUAACGCCACCUGUGUUGAGUUCCGGAAUGUUCAUCAUGGUGGUGCGCAUGUUCUCGCUGAUGUGCUCCAACUGCCCCUGUCUCGCCGUGCAGCUCAUGAAGCAAAAUAUUGCAGAAACUCUUCGUUUCCUGCUGUGCGGGGCGUCGAACGGGAGCUGUCAGGAGCAGAUUGACCUUGUACCCAGAAGCCCUCAGGAGCUCUAUGAGCUCACCUCCCUCAUCUGCGAGCUGAUGCCAUGUCUCCCCAGAGAGGGCAUCUUUGCAGUGGAUGCCAUGCUGAAGAAGGGCAGUGCCCAGACUACAGAGGGUGCCAUCUGGCAGUGGAGGGAUGAUCGAGGCCUGUGGCACCCCUACAACCGAAUCGACAGCCGCAUUAUAGAGACGGCUCAUCAGAAUGGUGAAGAUGAAAUCAGCCUGUCUACACUGGGACGUGUCUACACCAUCGACUUCAACUCUAUGCAGCAGAUAAACGAAGACACAGGCACUGCACGCGGAAUCCAGAGGAAACCCAACCCUUUAGCUAAUCCCAAUACUGGAGGUCAUUUAGAGGUACGGAGAGAGGAUGCUCGUGCUCAGUUGAUGAAGGAGGACCCAGAGCUGGCUAAGUGCUUCAUUAAGACGCUCUUUGGUGUUCUGUAUGAGGUGUACAGCUCCUCUGCAGGGCCAGCCGUCAGACACAAGUGCCUUAGAGCCAUCCUGAGAAUCAUCUACUUUGCGGACGCUGAGCUGCUGAAGGAUGUGCUGAGGAACCAUGCUGUGUCUAGUCACAUCGCUUCUAUGCUGUCCAGUCAGGAUCUGAAGAUUGUAGUGGGCUCUCUGCAGAUGGCAGAGAUCCUCAUGCAGAAACUUCCAGACGUCUUUAGCGUCUAUUUCAGAAGAGAAGGUGUGAUGCACCAGGUAAAGAACCUGGCAGAGUCUGAAACUUUCCUCACCAGCCCCCCUAAAGCCUGCACGAGUGGCACAGCCAGUCUGUGCACCACAACCAUUACCACAGCAACCACUACAGCUGCUUCUAAUGUCACGCCAGACCUGGGCUCCCCUAGCUUCCAACACAGCAUGGACGACUCACUGGACCUCAGUCCCCAGGGUCGGUUGAGUGAUGUCUUGAAGAGGAAACGGCUGCCUAAAAGAGGCCCCAGACGUCCCAAAUACUCUCCCCCCAGAGACGAUGACAAAGUGGACAAUCAAGCUAAGAGUCCCACCACCACCCAGUCUCCCAAAUCCUCCUUUUUGGCCAGCCUGAACCCCAAGACCUGGGGCAAACUUGGUGCUCAAACCAACAGCUCCAACUCUGAGCCCUCCCGCACAGCUGGUGUCAGCGGCCUUGCCCGCGUCCCACCCAAAGACUCUGUCUCCAAUAACAGGGACAAGAUCAAGGCCUGGAUUAAGGAGCAGGCCAGUAAGUUUGUGGAGCGAUACUUUAACUCUGAGAAUGUUGAUGGCAGUAAUCCAGCGCUGAAUGUUCUACAGAGACUCUGCACCGCCACAGAGCUACUGAGCCUGCAGGUGGACAGUGGUGUGGAGUGUUUAGUGGAGAUCUGCAGUAUUGUGUCCGAAUCUGACGUGUCUUCGUUCGAGAUUCAGCACAGCGGGUUAGUCAAGCAGCUCCUGCUCUAUCUGACCUCCAACAGCGAGCUCGAUGCAGUCAGCAGAGAUGUACGGCUCAAACGCUUCCUGCACGUAUUCUUUGGCUGCCCGCUUCCGGGUCAGGAGCCGUUGGGUCGUUUGGACCCGUCUGAGAACGGUCCUCUUCUGGCGCUGGUCCACAAGAUGAAUAACUGCCUGAGUCAGAUGGAGCAGUUCCCUGUAAAAGUGCACGACUUCCCCAGCGGGAACGGAAAUGGCAGCAGAGGUUCUCAGGCUCUGAAAUUCUUUAACACACAUCAACUCAAGUGCCAGCUGCAGAGACAUCCAGACUGUACCAACGUCAAACAGUGGAAAGGAGGUCCAGUAAAAAUUGACCCCCUGGCUUUGGUACAGGCCAUCGAGAGAUACUUGGUUGUCAGAGGGUAUGGGCGAAUCAGAGAGGAAGAUGAAGAUAGUGAUGACGACGGUUCAGAUGAUGAAAUCGAUGAAUCACUGGCGGCUCAGUUCCUGAACUCUGGGAGUGUGCGCCACAGGCUUCAGUUUUACAUAGGGGAUCAUCUCCUGCCCUACAACAUGACUGUGUACCAGGCGGUCCGACAGUUCAGCCUACAGGCAGAGGAGGAGAGAGAGUCCACCGACGAUGAGGCCAAUCCGCUCGGCCGAGCCGGCAUCUGGACCAAAACACACACUAUAUGGUAUAAGCCAGUGAGGGAGGAUGAAGAUGGCAGUAAAGACACUGUUGGAGGAAAGAGAGGUCGAGCUCAGACUGCACCAACCAAAACCUCGCCACGUAAUGCCAAGAAACAGGACGAGCUUUGGCAUGACGGAGUGUGUCCCAGCGUGAUGAACCCCUUAGAGACAUACCUCAUAUCUGAGCCUCCAGAGGGCAUAACCUUUGAUGACCCGUCCACGGAGGUCAUCCUGCUGCUGAGGGUGCUGCACUCCAUGAGCAGAUACUGGUUCUACCUGUAUGAUAAUUCUGCAUGUAAAGAAAUCAUUCCCACCGGUGAGUUUAUAAACAGUAAACUGACAGCUAAGGCCAACAGACAGCUCCAGGAUCCACUGGUCAUCAUGACCGGAAACAUCCCCACCUGGCUGACCGAGCUCGGCAAAACCUGCCCAUUCUUCUUUCCGUUCGACACGCGGCAGAUGCUCUUCUACGUGACUGCGUUUGACCGUGACCGCGCCAUGCAGCGCUUGCUGGACACUAACCCUGAGAUCAACCAAUCAGAUUCCCAGGACAGCCGUGUGGCCCCACGGCUCGACAGGAAGAAGCGUACGAUAAACCGCGAGGAGCUGCUGAAGCAGGCUGAGUCUGUGAUGCAGGACCUCGGCAGUUCCAGAGCCAUGCUGGAGAUCCAGUAUGAGAACGAGGUGGGCACUGGUUUGGGGCCAACUCAGGAGUUUUAUGCGUUGGUGUCUCAGGAGCUGCAGAGAGCUGACUUGGGCCUGUGGAGAGGAGAGGAGGUCACACUGGCCAACCCCAAAGGGAGUCAGGAGGGGAUGAAAUACAUGUUUAGCUCCAGGGGUCUGUUCGCUGUGCCGUUUGGCAGGACCACGAAACCGGCACAUAUCGCCAAGAUUAAGAUGAAGUUCCGUUUCCUCGGCAAACUCAUGGCCAAAGCCAUUAUGGACUUCAGACUGCUGGAUCUACCCCUGGGUUUACCCUUCUAUAAGUGGAUGCUGAGACACGAGUCGUCCAUCAGCUCACACGACUUGGUGAACAUUGACCCAGGCGUGGCGAAGUCCAUCCAGCAUCUGGAGGACAUCAUCCGACAGAAGAAGAGACUGGAGCAGGACAGAUCCCAUACGCGGGAGACACUGCAGCAGGCUCUGGAGAGUCUGAACAUGAAUGGCUGUUCAGUGGAGGAUCUGGGUCUGGACUUCACCCUCCCUGGCUUCCCUAACAUUGAACUGAAGAAAGGCGGUAAAGACGUCCCUGUCACCAUCCACAAUUUGGAGGAGUAUCUCAGACUGGUUGUAUACUGGACCCUGAAUGAGGGCGUGUCCAGGCAGUUUGAGUCGUUUAGGGAAGGCUUCGAGUCAGUCUUCCCUCUGCAUCACUUGCAGUACUUCUACCCUGAAGAGCUGGACCAGUUGUUGUGUGGCAGUAAGUCAGAGACCUGGGAUGUGAAAACUCUGAUGGAGUGUUGUAGACCUGACCACGGCUACACACAUGACAGCCGUGCAGUGCGCUUCCUGUUUGAGGUCCUCAGUAGUUUUGAUGCUGAGCAGCAGAGACUCUUUCUGCAGUUUGUCACAGGGAGCCCCAGACUGCCUGUAGGAGGAUUCCGGAGUUUGAACCCUCCGCUCACUAUCGUACGGAAGACAUUCGAAUCGACAGAAAACCCGGAUGACUUCCUGCCCUCGGUCAUGACGUGUGUGAACUACCUGAAGCUGCCUGACUACUCUAGCAUCGAGAUCAUGCGUGAGAAACUGUUGAUAGCCGCCCGUGAGGGCCAGCAGUCCUUCCACCUCUCCUGAUCUCACAUCCACACUCAGAAUGCCUUCUGUCACAGAAACCCCCCACACAAAAAAAAUCAUGACUUCCUCUCCUCGGGUUCUUUCUGUUCUCUCUUUUUUUUCUUUUGUAAUCACCUACAUUAAGGCAGACGUGUACAGCCUUCUUGUUUAGAGAAAAAGCUUGCAGAAAUUUAAAGAAAAGAAAAAGAAAAAGGACUUGAGAUAUUAUAUUUGCUGCCCUCCUCAUUUCCCACCAAACCGGAGAACAGGCGUUACAAAAACUCGCCAGAAUUUAAAAAAAAGAAAGAAAGAAAAAAAAAAAAUA